AUGCCAAAGAAGAGCAAGAAGAGCAAAGACAAGAGUAGUGCUGAUGCUGCCCCAGAAGAAGAAGAAGACUUCCCGGAAGUAGAUUUCAAAGCCGAGAAAUGGUUGAACCUGCAGAUUCGCUUCGUCGUAUGGAGCUUCCUUGACAUUCAAGUCAAGAUCAGCACUCAGACGAGACUUUAUACCAUCGUGGACAAGAUCAAGGCUCGACACGGGGGAAGCAUUCAAGACAUCAUCCUCUACAAAGAUUCUGUAAGUCCCAGCAACGUCCUCAUGGAUCUUGGAAUGUCUCUGGGCGAUCCCCUGCCCGACCCCAAGCUCGAACCAGACCAUGAAAGUUGGGAUGUUAUAUGGUACGACUACAAGCCGCCGAACUUUGACUGUCCCCUUCUGCUGUCCUCCCCAAGAGGAGCUUCAAGGCAAGAUAUUGCCAGAAAGGUUGCACGAGAUAUGGAGACUGAGGCGAGAUUGAAACAUGCGGGAGGAAAGAAGGAGGAGAAGGAAGUGAGGAGAUCGUCGGUGGUGCAAGUGAACGCAAAUGCUGAAGAAUCAGCGGAAAGUCAAGAGGAAGACUGA